AUGGCGAAAACAGGGUUGCUUCCAGCAGCGACACACCACUCGGGACUUGACCAAGCGUUAUAUACCAGCACGGCGUCAGCCAUGUCGACAUCAAACGAAGCUAAGACUGGCUUUACAUCAUCACACUGUCGCCCUUGGCACCUCCUCACUCUCUACAAGAAAGCCAAGACUGUUGCCAAACUCUGCGAAAAACUAGAUCGAUACUACGAAGACCCAGAAUAUCAGCCUCUGUAUACGAGAGAGGUCAUCAGGUAUAACGCCUAUAAGUUCGCCUCGCUACAGCACAAGGAUGACACAUGUAUUCUGAAGGGCGCGAGCGGACUAGAGAAUCGCGGUAUGAAUAUCUCUUCUACAUAUCCAGAACUCUUGUACAACGGCAAAGACGAGAUUUGCUUCUGGACGUACCUCGAAGUUGCUUCUGAGCUCGAUCUGCCGCCAUGGGAAGAAAUGGAGCUAUACCGCCGUUACUUCUUGACAAACCUGAUUUCUUCGAAGAGUUUUAUGUACAUUCGUCCUCUUUCCCUUCGCAGCCCACCCCCAUCGCUUCCGCGAACGAAGAAUCUGGGACCUUUGUAUGCUAUAUGGAAGAAGAGCGACAUUCACAAGGCAUUCAUAAGGGGCCUAGAAUUCGCUUGGGACCAUAAGUCGCCACCUGGAAAUGUCGACAACAUCGUCUGCUUCGGUCUCGGCGCGCUGUUUGACUCCGAAAUUGGCGAGGCCUACCCAGAUAGUCUCUGUCGGACCGACCCGAGAUUGAACAAGUACCGGACUUUCCUCGCCCUCGAAACAGCCAUGACGCUGAAUGGGGUUUUUAGGGACCCGGACCACCAUCCUCCGGUCCCAAUUAUUUUUCAUGACCCAGAUUACACACAACAAGACCGUGACUGCAUGACAGCAUUCGCAGAAUGCGUGGGCGUGCAGAUAAGCUUCAUGGACAAAUGCCAGGCCCUCCUCAAAGUCGACCAGUAUACCCUCGUACUAGCACAUGGCUUAGCUCAGUUGCCUAUUCGCUCGCUCAUUGUAGACAUAAUGAGCAAGGAGGAAGGGCCAGCGGGUUUCUUCUGCGAAGACAUCCCCUCUCACAUCAAGACCUCCAAAGAUGAAGUGACUUGGUGGGUCGAGCACAAGGAUCACCCUGACCCACCUACAAGGCGGUUGCAUUGUAUGACAGAGGAUUGGGAUAUGGAAGAUGUAUGUCGUAUUCCUUCUUGGCAAGCGACACUGUACCUGAAGCGUGAGAAUGUCGGAAAGUACGUUAGGGUGGAAUGA